CCGAAGCCAAAAUUGUUUAAAGUGACAAAAGCGAUCGUACCAUGAGAGUUCUAGGAGUUCUGUUAAUUUCGAUGCUUGCCUUGGUGGCGGCCCUCGAAAAACCCGUUCCCGUAAAGGAUAUGCCCGUAGGCAGUAAGAUAAACGGACGUAUUACGAACGGAUAUCCUGCAUACGAGGGAAAAGUGCCCUACAUUGUGAGCCUACGCUUCGAUAAUGGCAAUGGUGGAGCCUGGGUUUGCGGUGGCUCGAUCAUCGGCAACGAGUGGGUACUUACCGCCGCUCACUGCACCCACGGAGCCAGCUCGGUGACCAUCGGCUACGGCGGGUUGUGGCGCACCCAGCCACAAUUUAGCCACGUUUCGUCGGAUUUCAUCGAGCACCAUGCAUACGAUACUGGUAAUCUUCGAAACGACAUCGCCCUGAUCCGUACACCACACGUGGACUUCUGGGCUCUGGUCAACAAGGUGGAGUUGCCCAGGUACGAGGAUCGCUACAACAACUACUACGGCUGGUGGGCCCUGCUCUCGGGUUGGGGCAAAACCUCCGACUCCAGCGGAGUGUCUGACUACCUGAACUGCGUGGACAUCCAGAUAGCAGACAACUCCGUUUGCGAGGCCUAUUACGGCUCUACGUUUAUCACCCCCAACCACGUGUGCAUCGCCACGCCGGAGAACAAGGGCUCCUGUAGCGGAGAUUCCGGCGGACCACUAGUCCUCCACGAAGAUAAUCGCCAGGUGGCCAUUGUUUCGUUUGGAUCCUCUGAGGGAUGUCUGUCCAAAAGGCCCAAGGGAAUGACGCGAGUUACCAGCUACUUGGACUGGAUCCGUGAUCAUACCGGCAUUUCUUACUAAUAAAUUAAGAAUGAAAUAAAAGGACAAUAACAUUAA